AUGGGCAAUCAGGUAUAUUUUGAGGAUGUUCAGGAAGGGACGGAGGUUCCUACACUGCGGAAGGACCCGACGACGCAGCAACUUGUGAAGUAUGCAGGAGCGUCGGGGGACUACUAUCAGAUUCACUACGACCUGAACUACGCAAAGGGCAACGGGCUGCCGGAUGUCAUACUGCACGGCGCGCUGAAGGGUGCGUGGCUGGGGCAGGUCAUGACCGACUGGAUUGGGGCAGAGGGCAUGCUGAAGUCACUGACGACGCAGUAUCGGGGGAUGGAUGUGCCGGGAACGCCGAUGCUCGGCAAGGGUGUCGUCACAAAGAAGUACACCGAGAACGGCGAGAACCUGGUCGAUUGCGACAUCUGGCUCGAAGACCACGAAGGGAAGAAGACUACGCCGGGAGCGGCGACCGUAGCUUUACCUUCGAGAGGCUAA